AUGCGUUUAAAGCUAGCCCUUGAAAGUACAGUGGAGAUUCGCCGUCCAUUAACGUUGCUAUUAAACUUGAGAAAGAUAUGUGUUUUCCGAUUUACCGAAUCACAGUUAGUAAUAAUAUCUUCCUCCCUAAAUGAACCACAAGUUUGGACAAAAAUAGCUGAAUCUGUGUUUCAAAUAUACGAGGUUGAGUCAUCAAGACAUAAUAUAAUUGUUUUUGAAAUUAACAUUGAACCCUUAUAUCAGGUUUUGAGAAAUUAUGAGAAAUCGACGGUAACAAGUAACCUCUCAAUACGAUUACAACGACAAUCUCCAACCGAAGCGGAAAGUCAUAUCCCGAAAAAUAAGACUGCCGCAUCAUUGGCGAUAUUUUAUACAGAGCAGAUAUCCUUGAAUUCCACUGUGAACCAUUCCUUUAAUAUACCAGUUCGAUUGCUUAGGGCGAGUAGUGAUGAAAUGAUACAAGAGCCCACCAUUGAUGAUAUGAAAAUUGCGAUGAAGCUGCCAAACACUAUGAUUCCGUUAUUUCGGCGAAUAGAAAGGUAUAAAACUGCAGAAAUGAUUACUGUGAUAGGAAACAAGUCAGGACAGUUGAAACUAGUAAUUGAUGAAGGCGAAAGGAAGGUGGAAAUGCAAUGGAAAAGUCAGCUUGAAAUAUCUUUGGCGGAGGAUGUAGAUACGGUUGGCAGUCAAGAAAGAAUUGAGAAUAGUGCCUCUAGCGAGGAUUUAAACUUGAUCAAACCAAUGGCAUUACGCCUGAAACUUCGAUAUUGGAAUAUUGGAUGUAGACUCAUUGAACUUUGUGAUGCAAUGUCUUUGAUUAUACAUGAUACAGGAUGCAUUCUUCAUUGCUACAUAGAUCAGGAACAGAAAUGCGAUAUCACAUUCUACAUGAAUGGAUAUUAUAGCGAUCAGGUAUGA